AUGGAAACUGCUAUCCUCAUUGCGUGCGGAGUUGUACUAGCUCUCGUUUUUCUCAUUUUCUGUAUACGCUAUGACUCGUGGAGACGGUCGAACAUUUUGAAAAUGGUUCCUGUGACACCCGACAAGCCAUGGAAGUACGUCGGUAAAACGGCGCCUGUGCCACUCAGCGACGUUCCUAUUCUUGUAAAGGAAAUGCGCGAGUCCUUUUACACUCACAAAACAUUCGAUAUUAAGAAGCGAAUUGAGCAGCUGAAGCAGCUCCUCAAACUCUUCGACGAAAACGAAGAAGAGAUUUUAGCUGCCAUGAAGCAAGACUUGAACCGUAACACCUUCGAGGGAGUCGUGUACGAUAUUUCUGUCGUGAAAUCCGAUAUCCGCCACAUGAUCAAGAAUCUCCCCAAGUGGUCCACUCCCUCUUGUUACUCGCGUGACAUGGUAACCCUCUUCUCUCGCGGUUAUUUCGUCCCGCAGCCCUACGGAGUCGCUCUUAUCAUCGGAACUUGGAACUAUCCGUUCAUGCUGACUCUCAUGCCGCUUGCCGCCGCCCUGUGCGCUGGAAACGUGGUGGUUGUAAAGCCUUCCAAUGUAUCUCCCACCUGCUCCAAGCUCAUCACGCGCCUGCUUCGCAAAUACAUGGAUCCAACAAUCGUUCAAGUCAUCGGCUCCGAAGAGAAGGGAGACCGCAACACGACCUCCGCUCUCCUCGCUGAGAAGUUCGACUAUAUCUUCUUCACGGGGAACCACAAGGUGGGUCGCGUGAUCAUGGAGAAGGCAUCGAAGUAUCUGACGCCGGUGACGCUGGAACUGGGCGGAAAGAACCCAGUGUUCAUUACGAAGCACGCCGAUCUGCGCCUGGCGGCGAAGCGCGUGCUGUGUCUGCGGUGCUUCAACGGAGGGCAGCAGUGCGUGUCUCCGGACUUCGUUCUCAUCGAGAAGGAAGUGGAGGAAGCGUUCUACGAAGAGUGCAAGCGCGUAGAGAAGGAAUGUUUCGGGAAUGCGGAGGAAGAGGUGGGACACAUCGUGGAUAUGCGCCAUUUCGAAUCGAUCUGCAAGAUGUACGACGACUCUGCGAGCUCGAUCGACCGCGUGAUCAUCGGCGGACGCGCGUCGUUCAAACCGGAGACUCGCUUCAUCCCGCCCACCGUGCUGAAAAUGAAGGACACCGAGUGUCCGCUCAUGACGGAGGAGCUGUUCUCUCCGAUCCUCCCCGUGUUCGCUGUGGACUCCUACCAGGACGGAAUCCAGCUCAUGAACCAGCGCGAAAAGCCGCUGGCGCUGUAUGUGUUCUCGGAGAAGCGAAGAGAGGUCGAGGAUAUCGUGUUCGCUACGGAUUCGGGAGGCGUCACGGUGAACCAUUGCGUGCUGCACGUCGUUCAUUCGAAGUUAUAUUUCGGAGGCGUGGGACAGAGCGGAAUGGGCGGAUAUCACGGGAAGUUCUCCUUCGAGACCUUCUCGCAUAUGAAACCUGUCGUGUACAAGACAAAGUGGCCCGGAAUCUCUUUGAUUUCCGAUUUGCCGCUGCUGUAUUAUCCUUUUAAGAGCUGGAAGUUGUGGAUUGCGAGAUUGGUUAUGUGGAGUGUUUGUGGAAAACAGACGGUUACUUUUUCGCUCUGGACUUGA